AUGGCGUUGCUGCUUCUGUUGGUGAUGCUGACCGUAUGUGCUGCACUUCCUCGAGGUAAAAACGCAUACCUUUAUUCUUUAAUACAGAGAACAGCAAAAUGAAACACGCUGAAAACAAUCAACCUCAUACAAGCAUAGGACAAAAUAUAAACAUGCUUGCUGUUGAUGGUAACAGUAAUAAGGACAACAGUUUGGCAAAACAUGAGUGACAAAGUUUUGUCAGAUGAGACUAAUUCAUUUCAUUUAAUUCUUUUCAUCCCCUCACAGUUAAAGUUUUGGGUUUUUUCGUUAAAAAUCUUGUUAUUCUUGAUUGUUUAUGCACUAGAAUUUGUUAUUAAAGUUAUGAGGCUAAUUUUGAUAUUUGGAGUAGUAGAGAGAUUACACUCUGCCUCCUUACUCAACACGAACAAUUGAACACAGGCUCUGCUUGUAUGUGGUUUCCCUCAUUCUCACUGCACCAAUAUUUUCCCUAAUUAAGGUAAAUACAGCUCACAAAUCAUUGAAAAUAGCCUUCCAUGUGCAUCUGUGAUUUUGUAUGACAGAAAUAUAUGUUUGUGCAUGUUUAUUUGGUGCUAUUAAGUUUUGGCUACUUCAGAUAAUGUAAACAGGCAAGGAGUCAGACUCCAUAGCUGCUCUUCAGCUGUCAAGCACUCCUCAGAUGACGACUUACACACUGGUACAUAAUUUACCAGUAAGACAAAUGCAUUUGUUUUGUGCUUCAGUGAUUCAUAUGACAAAAGUAAUGAAUAAAUGAGGUGGUGAUUUGUUAGAAUAUUGAAAACUGCAUGGCUGAAUUCAUGUAUUAAGACUAAAUUAAUGAUUUUGUUAAAUUGUACAUAUGUAGCAGUAGACUACUGUUGGUCUGAAACUGUGUGAUUUGUGUUAAUAGUUUUUGUCAUAGUAUCUUUGUGUUUUGAUUUCUUUCUGUAUCUUAGAUAUGUCUGGUAAGAUGUUUACCUUCCCACAAGAGUCAAAGACGGCAUAUGUGAGGCUGACAACAUCAAGACAGAGUUUGAGGGCUGUGACCGUCUGUCUGAGGUAGUGUCAUAUAUGCAGAAAUGUCCUUGAAUAAAAAUGAUGAUCAUAGAUAUCCUUAUAAAAUCAGCAGGACUGACAAUAUUGUUUUUUGUUUGUUUUUGUCUCCACAGAACCUUUACAGACCUGAAUAGAAAUCAUGCCUCCUUCUCUCUUGCCACACCUGGGGCCUCAUGUAUCAACACUUGCGUGGAACUCAUACCAGAAACGAGCGCACGCAAGGUCCGUCACGCUGAAAAAAAUACGUAUGUAUCAAUGUGUGCGGACGCCGAAAUCCACCUGUGUUUCCUUGAUAAAUCCCAAUCAGCGUGGAAUUGAGCGCAGAUGUCGGAGUGACUGGGCCCGUCCCCGUUACGCCCUCCUAUAAAUAUGCAGAUUUAUUUAAAUAGGGUCUCCCUGUCCUCGCACGCAGACAAAAUGACAAGAAAAACUAAAUUUACGGCGUGCGAGGUGGAGGUGCUGGUGGCGGAGGUGGAGGAGCGACAGCGUGUUUUAUUUGGCAGCCUGUCCAGUGGCGUCAGUGCAAAACGAAAAUGCUUGGAGUGGGAGAAAGUUUGCGAGAGGGUGAAUGCGGUGGGUUCCGAGACACGCACCCCCGCGGAGAUUAAAAAAAAGUGGUCGGACCUCAAGGUGGAGGUCAAGCGGCGUACAGCUGCCCUCCGGAGGAGUACUGGCCAGACAGGUGGGGGUCCGGGGGAGGAGACCCUCACACCGUUUGAGCAGCGGGUGGUGGCGAUUAUUGGGUAAGUGGCGUGUCACACAAAUGUCCACACGCUUUGUCAUCCCACUGAGCAAAAGACGUAUAUUAGACGUCUAGUCUAAGUUUAUACUUCAUUUCAACGUCGGGAUUCAGUCUAUUUUUAGACGUGAUUUAUACUUCGCCCUUAACUUCAUUUUUCGAUAACUUUUUAUGCAAUAAACAACUGUAAUGUGCAUAACUGACCUCUAAAUACUGGAUUACAUUACCUAUGAUACCGUGGAGAGAGAUGUAAACGCAACAUCCCCAUCCCCUCCCCUUCACCUUUAUUGAAAUAAAAUCACUCAGCAUUACCUCUUGUCUCUGGUCUGUUUUGGGUUCAGCACAAAUAUCAUUACACCUCUGGCCUAAACUCUUGACUUGCUGUGGUACAGAAGUUAUAAAAACUAAGGUAUUCAACUUUUUCAGUCUUACAUCAGUGUUGCAUGUGAAAAAGCAUUGCUCUUUAAGAUAAAAGGUUGUACUUCAAAUUUAUUGCACAGCAGUUGGUGUACGAUAAAAAGAAUACACCUCCUGUAUUUCCCAUUUUAGUUAAUUCUCCAUAAAGAAAAUAUAAAGUGUUGGGCAGUAUUAUUAUAUGCAUAUUAAUGAUCUCAUAUAUCGAACAAAAUAUUAAAGCCAUGGUAAAUUCUUCAUAACAUUCUCUUCAUAACAAACAGUAAAUUCUUACUCAAAACGUGUGCUGUUUAUUCAUGCUCAUAUGUUGUUGUCAAGCGAAAUAAACGAAGACAAAAUGUACCGUUGAAGGCUGGGAUGGUUUUGGUGAAAUGAGAGAGAGAGAGGUCAGCAGCAGGGUUGGGCUUUGAACCCUGCCAGGGCCAGGCCCAGGUGAUCCAAAUCAUCAUCAUGAACAGCACUCAGGUAACUCUACAGCAAGAUGGAGGAGACAGGACAGGUUAAGCAUAGAAGAGCUGAAGAAUAACUGCAACAGAGAGUCGGUGUUCAUCUGACAUUAUUCUCCAGCAAAAACAGAUAAGUGAGCUUCAUGUAACACCUGUGGCCAGAUGUGAACAUCAUGUAGAAAGUCAUUGGUAAAUAUUUAGAUGCUGUUAUAGAAGAGAAACUGUGAUAGGAAAGAGGACUGCUAAAAAAGUACCAGCACACCGGAGAGUUAAGUGGUGGUUUGCACUGGAGUGUACCUGCCCAAUUAAAGCACUGUUCUGAUGAAACAUGAAUAGGCCUACUGCCUGUUAAUGUAGAAGAUAUGUAGUUUCUAAAAGUUCAAAGGUUGACUUGUACAAUCUGGAUGGUAGUGUUGCCACCUGUAGAGCAGUGUCUGUGAUUGAUGUCUCUUAAUGCCUGGAAGACAAUUGUCACUCAAAAUAUAUAAUGUAUGCAUCAUUGGACAAGUUGGUCACCACAAGGUUACUGUAAUUAUUAGUUUAGAAAUUAUGAUCAGCCAUUAGCCUUGCAAAAUGGAUCAAAUGAUGAUCUGUGUGAAACUGUCAACCAUCAGGUAUUCAAAACACUUUUUCUCACUCUUUCUCUCAGAUCUGUCAGGCGAAAUGUUCACCCAGUAUAGGUCAUAAACCAUGCCUCCUCUAGUAAACUUAAUGGAGCACAGGCCAAACUUUAAAAAUUAUUAAAAAGAAUAUAAUUUUUUCUCCCUGGUUGCGAUGUUGACAUGUAGUUAUUGUAAAAAAUACAUCAGAUUUCAUAUAGCGCUUUAUCAGAGACCCUCAAAGCGCAGUAAGGACAAAUGCAUUUGUUUUGUGCUUCAGUGAUUCAAAUGACAAAAGUAAUGAAUAAAUGAGGUGGUGAUUUGUUAGAAUAUUGAAAACUGCAUGGCUGAAUUCAUGUAUUAAGACUAAAUUAAUGAUUUUGUUAAAUUGUACAUAUGUAGCAGUAGACUACUGUUGGUCUGAAACUGUGUGAUUUGUGUUAAUAGUUUUUGUCAUAGUAUCUUUGUGUUUUGAUUUCUUUCUGUAUCUUAGAUAUGUCUGGUAAGAUGUUUACCUUCCCACAAGAGUCAAAGACGGCAUAUGUGAGGCUGACAACAUCAAGACAGAGUUUGAGGGCUGUGACCGUCUGUCUGAGGUAGUGUCAUAUAUGCAGAAAUGUCCUUGAAUAAAAAUGAUGAUCAUAGAUAUCCUUAUAAAAUCAGCAGGACUGACAAUAUUGUUUGUUUUUGUCUCCACAGAACCUUUACAGACCUGAAUAGAAAUCAUGCCUCCUUCUCUCUUGCCACACCUGGUGUUUUCAAUGACUUCUUGAUUUUCAGAUAUGCUGCAAGUAAUGCGUUUUCCAUGAAUGUAAGGGACAAGGCAGUUAGAUUCAGAGACCUGGACUACAAGCCGAACACGUGGCACUCACUUUGUUCCACAUGGGACUCUGUCUCUGGUGUGCUGCAAGUUUGGUUGGAUGGAAAGCCCUCAAGCAGGAAGUACAUCAGCUCUGGAUCAAACAUCACUGGACCUAUGAUCAUUGUUCUGGGACAGGUAUACUCUUUUAACAAUAUGGGAAACAAACUUACAUUAAUUGACUCAGAGUGUGUAAGCACAGAUUACCGUAAAGACUAGAAAUACAAGCAACAAUGUAUUCUGACUAAGCCUUUGUUAGGGUCAGUGACUAUUGAGAGUCACAGUUGGAUUAUCAGUUUUCUCAUCACUUGUGUCCACUCCAAUCUCUCUGCAGAAGGCAAAAGUUAGCCGACUUCUAUGGCCUGCAGUUUUCACUCUCUGAAAAUAAUCUCUGAUGGGCAGUCAGCACCAUGAACCACAGCAAAAGUCAUGCUAAAUGCCCAAUUAGAACAAAACCAAAAGCAUUGACGCCUAGAAUGAGUCCAGAGAUUAAACUGGCUGUAUGGAUGAUACACAGAGAACCAACAAAACCCACUUUUCACUCAAAAUGAUCCCAUCACAUACCUUUAGGUUAGAUAAACUGAAAAAUACCCCAACAGUUACUGAUAAAGCAAUGAUGUAAAGAAACCCCUUUAUUUUAACAGUUUGUAAAAAUGUUUCUCUCUUAUAUAAAAGUCAACAUUUUACAAAGGAGGAUAAAAAAAUUAAAUAAUUAAAUGAGGUCAGAUUUUUUAAAACUCUGACUUCAGUCUCAUUACUCUCUGAGAUUUAAAUCAGAGUUCUGACUUUUUUACUACUAAUAUGCUCAUAUUGAAAUCUGUAUUUAGAGUAUAAAUUUCAUCACAAUGUAACAACUGUCUCUUGAACUUUUGUAAUUUCUACAGGACCAGGACAGUUACGGCGGAGGGUUUGUCAGUGGAGAGUCAUUUGUUGGCAUGAUGUCUGAUGUCCACAUGUGGGACUACACCCUCUCCCCCUGUCAGAUUCAACGCUACACGAAUCGCGUGUCCUUCCCUUCAGGCAAUGUGCUUAACUGGAAGGCGUUCUCGUUUCGGACCUUUGGCAGGGUUCUGAUCGAAGAUCAACAAGGGAACUGUCUCUUCUGAACUUUUUGUUAUUCCGGCUUCUCCCAUGGUAUCUCAGCCUGCCUUUGAGUGUUGUUAAUUGAAACUUUUACCUGUGAAUGUGUGAUUUACCUGAGAUUAAUACCUGCUCGCCUCCUCUCUUCUCCAGUGCCCUCAUGAGCCUCUUGAGCCAACCCUAACUGAGAUCACUCACCUGCUUUCACAGCAAGUUCACUCACCACAAGCCCUCACCUCACCUCACCUUGGAGCUUCCACACACCUUGGACCUGGGACCCAACCCACCCCACCCCCACCCCAUCCCCUCCCCUUCACCUUUAUUGAAAUAAAAUCACUCAGCAUUACCUCUUGUCUCUGGUCUGUUUUGGGUUCAGCACAAAUAUCAUUACACCUCUGGCCUAAACUCUUGACUUGCUGUGGUACAGAAGUUAUAAAAACUAAGGUAUUCAACUUUUUCAGUCUUACAUCAGUGCUGCAUGUGAAAAAGCAUUGCUCUUUAAGAUAAAAGGUUGUACUUCAAAUUUAUUGCACAGCAGUUGGUGUACGAUAAAAAGAAUACACCUCCUGUAUUUCCCAUUUUAGUUAAUUCUCCAUAAAGAAAAUAUAAAGUGUUGGGCAGUAUUAUUAUAUGCAUAUUAAUGAUCUCAUAUAUCGAACAAAAUAUUAAAGCCAUGGUAAAUUCUUCAUAACAUUCUCUUCAUAACAAACAGUAAAUUCUUACUCAAAACGUGUGCUGUUUAUUCAUGCUCAUAUGUUGUUGUCAAGCGAAAUAAACGAAGACAAAAUGUACCGUUGAAGGCUGGGAUGGUUUUGGUGAAAUGAGAGAGAGAGAGGUCAGCAGCAGGGUUGGGCUUUGAACCCUGCCAGGGCCAGGCCCAGGUGAUCCAAAUCAUCAUCAUGAACAGCACUCAGGUAACUCUACAGCAAGAUGGAGGAGACAGGACAGGUUAAGCAUAGAAGAGCUGAAGAAUAACUGCAACAGAGAGUUGGUGUUCAUCUGACAUUAUUCUCCAGCAAAAACAGAUAAGUGAGCUUCAUGUAACACCUGUGGCCAGAUGUGAACAUCAUGUAGAAAGUCAUUGGUAAAUAUUUAGAUGCUGUUAUAGAAGAGAAACUGUGAUAGGAAAGAGGACUGCUAAAAAAGUACCAGCACACCGGAGAGUUAAGUGGUGGUUUGCACUGGAGUGUACCUGCCCAAUUAAAGCACUGUUCUGAUGAAACAUGAAUAGGCCUACUGCCUGUUAAUGUAGAAGAUAUGUAGUUUCUAAAAGUUCAAAGGUUGACUUGUACAAUCUGAAUGGUAGUGUUGCCACCUGUAGAGCAGUGUCUGUGAUUGAUGUUUCUUAAUGCCUGUAAGACUACUGUCUGUCAAAAUAUAUAAUGUAUGCAUCAUUGGACAAGUUGGUCACCACAAGGUUACUGUAAUUAUUAGUUUAGAAAUUAUGAUCAGCCAUUAGCCUUGCAAAAUGGAUCAAAUGAUGAUCUGUGUGAAACUGUCAACCAUCAGGUAUUCAAAACACUUUUUCUCACUCUUUCUCUCAGAUCUGUCAGGCCAAAUGUUCACCCAGUAUAGGUCAUAAACCAUGCCUCCUCUAGUAAACUUAAUGGAGCACAGGACAAACUUUAAAAAUUAUUAAAAAGAAUAUAAUUUUUUCUCCCUGGUUGCGAUGUUGACAUGUAGUUAUUGUAAAAAAUACAUCAGAUUUCAUAUAGCGCUUUAUCAGAGACCCUCAAAGUGCUUUACAUUGGAUACAUUGUUCAUUCACUCACACAGUCACACUUUGGUGGUGAUAAACUACCUUAGUAGUCACAGCUGCCCUGGGGCAGACUGACGGAAACGUGGCUACCAUUUUUCGCCUACGGUCUCUCCGACCACCACCAUAUAACACUCACAGUCAUACACCAGUGGAGGACACACACUGGGAGCAAGGUGGGUUAAGUGUCUUGCCCAAGGACACAGCGGACAGGUUUGGGAUAAGGGGGAAUUGAACCGCCAAUCUUCCAGUUAUUGGACGACCGCUCUAGCUCCUGAGCUACUGCCGCCCAUUCUAAGACUGGUUUGUGCUCAAGUCCUCUUUUUUCUGUGCAGCUCCAUUUUUAAAAGUUAUUUGAGGACUAGGGUUUUCUAUGUUUGACACUUGAUACAGCCCAUGGGGGUAUGAAGUUUACGAGCAGAGCGUCAUCACAGCAACUUUCCCGCUGUAUGCGUCCAAUGCUACUGCGCAAGUGGUGGUUCCAGGAAGUGGGAAAAAUCCCGGAAAUACCGAGAGCAGUUAGGCUUCAAAUUUGUAUAAUGGCGGAAGGCGGAGCCAAGUUGUCAAUUGUAUUUACAGUCUAUGAUUAAACCCGACAUGAAGAAACUCUUUGCAGAUGCACCCCUCUUGAAAUUUUAGCAUUACACACUAUGCCAAUCGCUAUCCCUAGUUCUCUGAUACAUUGAAAUACGUCAACAAGGCAAACAUGUUGGCUCUUAUCCAGACGAGCGCGUACUGGUUGCGGUUUUUGCUUGCAUUAUCAAAACAUCUGUUUCGGCUGUGUUGUUUUGGUGAGAAUAGUGUUUCGGCAAAUAACCGAGAAUACACUUCUGGGCCAUUUUCGGUGGCUGAAUUUUCAGUACAUCCUAGAAUAUAGUUGGUAAUAUAGUUUCUAAAUUUAUAAAUACUCACUCACUGUGAACCCUGGCCCUGUUUAGAUGAACACAAGGCUGAUAUCCUGGCAGGAAUGGAAGAAAGGCAAACACUUUUCAUAUCAGCUCAUGUUACAUAGGUCAGAUUCACCUCAGUGACACAAGCUUAUAUGACGCGUCACACCUACCACCAAGUGACACUUCUGAGGAAAGUGGAAGUUUCGGCCGAAACAUGUCAAGGUACAUGAAAAGAAAACAUGUCUGAGAUAAAAGAAAAAAAGAAAACUAUAUCUUAAAGAGUGAAAAUUUCUCUUUUCUAUUGUGUCACAUCCAGUAUGGAGUAGGCAGACAGACUAAGGAAACACAUUGAAUAUCGUAUUAUUAUAUUUAAAGGCAGUUAGGUGGCAUGCUUUCCUAGAAAAAAGCAAAUUCAACUUCUAACUCAAUGACUGGGAAAAUAUUUACUUUGAUUCUUGAAUGCUUUCAACUUUUAAAUAAUAGUCCCAAAUAAGUGCUGGGUCAUUGUUACACUUUGGGUCAUUUUUAUAUAACAAAAAAACGUUACUAACAUUUCAUGUUCCUGCAAUUCUUGGAAAAUCUCACAAAUGGUUUUCUUUUUUCUUUUAUCUCAGACAUGUGUUCUUGUCACGUAACUUGAAAUGUUUUGGCAGAGGCGUCUGCCUUCCUCAGAACCUCUACCAGCUGAUAUGAUGCAUCACACCUACCACCAAGUGACAGUUCCAAGGAAGGUGGAUGUUUGGGAUAAAAUAAACAAGAUAAAAUAAACUAUUCCUAAGAAAUUGAAGACAUAAUGAAAACAAUUCAACUGAAAUUUUGAACUUACCUCUUUUUAAAUUUAUGAGAUUGUAGUUUUUUCAAUUCCACCCAAAGCUUCCAUAAAUUGGUCUGAGAUCACCUUUAUUCAUUUCCUAUGGAAUCUCAUGGGAAUCUUUGAUUCUUGUCACCUAUAGCUAUCAGGACCACGAUGUUCGUUUAAGUGUAACCUAUAAUGAACAACUUAUAGUCAGCAAGAUCUGAUUCAUUUAAGUAUUGUCUGAAUUUUUGACCUCAGAAAAUAUUAUUUAAUUAUAUAUUUAAUCAUGAUGGUCUAAUUGGCCUUUGUAGCUCAUAUGGACGAGAAUACAUAAAGAUAGUAGUCUAUUUAGUUUCCUUUCAGGGAUCAAUAAAGUUCUUCUUCUUUUUCUUUUUCUUCUUCUUCUUUUGAGGUGGGCCAAAAUAAAAAUAAAAUGAAAUACAAAUGAUAAUUCAUAGCCAAAAUUGCAUUGACUCUAAUGUUGAUCAUUUUUGAUCCAGUUACGGAAGAGUGCAGGAUUUAGGAAGUCAUGCAUGUAAAGGAAACACAAUCCUGUUGGCUGUCAUGUCAGCCAUGACAGCAUCAAGGAUGUAGCUUUGGUUAUAAAAGUCACUAAUACGCUAAUACGUAACACAACACUCUGACACAGAGAUCAAGGUAAGAUUAAGACAUGAUAAAAACUGAAGAAAAACUAAAUUAUUAUUCUGCUAAACCUUAAAGAACAAGCAGUUUGCAUGAGUUGGUAAAGUCUUAGAUUGUACUUGAUUUAUUUGAUAUUUAAAGAGUGCAUUUCUUUUUGUAUUAGAUGGCGUUGCUGCUUCUGUUGGCGAUGCUGACCGUAUGCUCUGCUGUUACUCGAGGUAAAAAUACAUACCUUCAUUCUUUAAUACAGAGAACAGCAAAAUGAAACACGCUGAAAACAAUCAACCUCAUACAAGCAUAGGACAAAAUAUAAACAUGCUUACUGUUGAUGAUAACAGUAAUAAGGACAACAGUUUGGCAAAACUUGAGUGACAAAGUUGUGUCAAAUGAGACUUAUUCAUUUCAUUUCAUGUUUUUCAUCACCUCGCAGUUGAAGUUUUGGGUUUUUCCGUUAAAAAUGUUGUUAUACUUGAUUGUUUAUGCACUAGAAUUUGUUAUGAAAGUUAUGAAGCUAAUUUUUAUUUUUGGAUUUGUAAGAGAAGAAGAGGGAUUACACUCUGCCCCCUUACUCAACACAAACAAUUGAACACAGGAUCUGCUUGUAUGAGGUUUCCCUCAUUCUCACUGCACCAAUAUUUUCCCUUAUUAAGGUAGAUACAGCCCACAAAUCAUUGUAAAUGGCCUUCCAUGUGCAUCUGUGAUUUUGUACGACAAAAAUAUAUGUUUGUGCAUGUUUAUUUGACGCAAUUAAGUUUUGGUAAUUCAGAUAAUGUAAACAGGCAAGGAGUCAGACUCUAUAGCUGCUCUUCAGCUGUCAAGCACUCCUAAGAUGACGACUUACACACUGGUACAGUCGUUUGUUUUGUGCUUCAAUGAUUCAUAUGACAUAAGUAAUGAAUAAAUGAGGUGGUGAUUUGUUGGAAUAUUGAAAACUGCAUGGCUGAAUUCAUGUAUUAAGUAUUGAUUUUGUUAAAUUGUACAUAUGUAACAGUAGACUACUGUUGGUCUGAAACUGUGUGAUUUGUGUUAAUAGUUUUUGUCAUAGUAUCUUUGUGUUUUGAUUUCUUUCUUUAUCCUAGAUAUGUCUGGUAAGAUGUUUACCUUCCCACAAGAGUCAAACACGGCGUAUGUGCGGCUGACACCAUCAAGACAGAAUUUGAGGGCUGUGACCGUCUGUCUGAGGUAGUGUCAUAUGUGCAGAAAUGUCCCUGAAUAAAAAUGAUGAUCAUAGAUAUCCUUAUAAAAUCAGCAGGACUGAUAAUAUUGUUUUUUGUUUGUUUUAUCUCCACAGAACCUUUACAGACCUGAAUAGAGAUCAUGCCCCCUUCUCUCUUGCCACACCUGGUGUUUUCAAUCACUUCUUGAUUUUCAGAUAUGCUGCAAGUAAUGAGUUUGCCAUGUAUGUCAGGAACAAGGAAGUUCAAUUCAGAGAACUGGACUACAAGCCGAACACGUGGCACUCAUUUUGUUCCACAUGGGACUCUGUCUCUGGUGUGGUGCAAGUUUGGUUGGAUGGAAAGCCUUCAAGCAGGAAGUACAUCUCUGGAUCCAUGAUCACUGGGCCUAUGAACAUUGUUUUGGGACAGAUACACUCUUUUAACAAUAUGGGAAACAAACUUACAUUAAUUAGCCCAGAGUGUGUUAGCACAGAUUACCGUAAAGACUAGAAAUACAAACAACAAUGUAUUCUGGCUAAGCCUUUGUCAGGGUCAGUGACUAUCGAGAGUCACAGUUGGAUUAUCAGUUUUCUCAUCACUUGUGUCCACUCCAAUCUCUCUGCAGAAGGCAAAAGUUAGUCGACUUCUAUGGCCUGCAAUUUUCACUCUCUGAAAAUAAUCUCUGAUGGGCAGUCAGCACCAUGAACCACAGCAAAAGUCAUGCUAAAUGCCCAAUUAGAACAAAACCAAAAGCAUUGACGCCUAGAAUGAGUCCAGAGAUUAAACUGGCUGUAUGGAUGAUACACAGAGAACCAACAAAACCCACUUUUCACUCAAAAUGAUCCCAUCACAUACCUUUAGGUUAGAUAAACUGAAAAAUACCCCAACAGUUACUGAUAAAGCAAUGAUGUAAAGAAACCCCUUUAUUUUAACAGUUUGUAAAAAUGUUUCUCUCUUAUAUAAAAGUCAACAUUUUACAAAGGAGGAUAAAAAAAUUAAAUAAUUAAAUGAGGUCAGAUUUUUUAAAACUCUGACUUCAGUCUCAUUACUCUCUGAGAUUUAAAUCAGAGUUCUGACUUUUUUACUACUAAUAUGCUCAUAUUGAAAUCUGUAUUUAGAGUAUAAAUUUCAUCACAAUGUAACAACUGUCUCUUGAACUUUUGUAAUUUCUACAGGACCAGGACAGACACGGCGGAGGGUUUGUCACCAAACAGUCAUUUGUUGGCAUGAUGUCUGAUGUCCACAUGUGGGACUACACCCUCUCCCCCUGUCAGAUUCAACGCUACACGAAUCGCGUGUCCUUCCCUUCAGGCAAUGUGCUUAACUGGAAGGCGUUCUCGUUUCGGACCUUUGGCAGGGUUCUGAUCGAAGAUCAACAAGGGAACUGUCUCUUCUGAACUUUUUGUUAUUCCGGCUUCUCCCAUGGUAUCUCAGCCUGCCUUUGAGUGUUGUUAAUUGAAACUUUUACUUGUGAAUGUGUGAUUUACCUGAGAUUAAUACCUGCUCGCCUCCUCUCUUCUCCAGUGCCUUCAUGAGCCUCUUGAGCCAACCCUAACUUAGAUCACUCACCUGCUUUCACAGCAAGCUCACUCACCACAAGCCCUCACCUCACCUCACCUCACCUUGGAGCUUCCACACACCUUGGACCUGGGACCCAACCCACCCCACCCCCACCCCAUCCCCUCCCCUUCACCUUUAUUGAAAUAA